AUGAUACCAGCAGCAUCUGAUAGAAUCAUUGAUUCUAAUGCUGAUAUACAACGUACAAAUCUUAAUAUGCGGAAAUCAUCAAGAAGUCGUAGUCGUCGAGAAAAAAAGCCACACAUUAUUAUUGAUGUAGCUACACCAACACUUUCUCAAUCAUCUACUACACAACAUCAACGUGUCAUGCUUGUUGAAGCAAGUUCAACGGUAUUUGGCAAUGAAUGUCUUCGACUUGUUAAUAUUGUUUUUCAAACAAGUCAAACAUUUCCAUCAAUAAUGGGUACAUGUAUUAAUGUAUGUCAAUAUUUGCUAAAAGAACUUUUUAAAAAAUAUCCUGGUGAAUAUUUUCAUAUAAUUAUUGGUCAAAAUAAUGCAUUUGGCUUUGCUAUUGAUGAUGAUGAUCAUUUUGCUGAAAUGGAACAAGAACAAUAUCGUGUGAUAAUCUUUACAACAAAACUAGACAAAGAAGUUAAGUUAGAAAUGCAUGAUGCUAAUAGUCAGAUGAUGCUUGAAUGGAAAUCACUGAUAGUCAAACAAACGAAAAAAUAA